AUGGGAUACUAUUUGGCAGAUGGAAUAUACCCUCGUUGGCCCGUAUUCGUCAAGACACUUCGCCAACCGGCUGGAGCGAAGAGACAAUAUUUUGCGCGAAAACAAGAGGCCGCUAGGAAAGAUGUUGAGCGAGCUUUUGGUGUGCUCCAAGCGCGAUGGGCCAUUCUACGCUGCCCGGCACGAGUUUGGCACGAAGAUGAUGUCGCGAAUAUUAUGGUAGCAUGUAUCAUAUUGCACAAUAUAAUAAUAGAAGAUGAAGGAUUUGCUGCAGAACGUUGGGCGCCGGAAGAUGGUGCAAGUACAAGUCACGGCGUUGCCUUCGCGCCGAUACAGAUGGGUGUACCACGUACUAAUGAAUAUCUGAUCCAACGUUUCGCUGAUAUACGCAGGAGCACAACACAUGACCAACUCCAGGUCGAUUUGAUUGAAGAGGUCUGGGCACGUAGGGGAGGCGGCGUAGCGUGA